UUCAAUCGGGUUCACCUUAAUCUAAUUGAUAAUAUUAUGUGGGAUAGCUAUAUUUUCUAAGCAAGGAAAUCAGCAAAAUGUUGCAGAAGAAUUAUUGGGAGCCCGCACGGAGUUUCUACCCGGAAAGCGAGCAGGCGAAAAUAAAUAUCAGACACAUGAAAUUCACACCGACGUACGAGCGGGAGGAGCCCCAAAUGGGACUGAUCCUGUCCUGGCACUAUGGUCGCCAGUGGGUGGACGAGCGUGACACCCACAAGAUGGCGACAGAGAAGAGGGUAAAGAAGAAGGCCAGCUUCAUUCCGCCCAACUAUACUAGUUGGCUUGAAAAACGGAGGCUUAAAAAGACUAGGCAACAGCUGCUCAGGUCUUGAUGUUUUAUUUUCGUUCAUUCAGUU